AUGGAAGCCGUUCCAAAAUUACCUAUGAUAAGUUUUGAGCUGAAGGUGAGCCACGAGAAUACGCAUUUUGGACCUAAAUUGAAACAGUACAUCGCGGAAGCUUAUAGGGAAGAUCCGGACAGUUAUAGCAAUGAGAUCCAUCAGUUGGAAGGUCUGCGGUCAGUGGCCGUACGACCUACUAUUGAUUCAGCGGGUUUGAGUGCCCUCAUCAGGUACUUUUGCCAGCUGCGGUCGCUGCAAAGCCGUUUCCCUAUGUCUAAAGGUCAACCCGCUGCGUGUUCCUUCAGCUGGAAAGACUUAUAUGCAAAUAUGAACAGAACACUAGCAGACAUAAGGUUUGAAAUGGCUAGCAUCCUUUACAAUGUAGGGGCACUCCUCACUCAACUGGGAGCUUCAGAGCCAAGGAACACGGCUGACAGCCUCAAGGCAGCUUGCACCAACUUCCAGCAUGCUGCGUGGGUGUUCCAGUACUUACGGGAACAGUUACCGCAGCCAUCCGGAGUGGAUGUAUGUUCCGAAAUCAUGAGGAUGAUGCAGGAGAUUUGCUUUGCUCAGGCACAAGAAUGUAUCUUGGAUAAAAGUAUUCAGGAUACAAGGAAGCCUAGUGUUGUUGGUGCUGUAGCAACUCAAGUGAUGUACUUCUACAAGAAUUCCCUAGCGUUCUUGGGCCCAUCUUCAGGCAUUGAUGUUGUCCAUGAGAUUAUUGGGACGAAGUUUUACAAUUACUGGCACAGAUACCUCUCGUUCAAGUUUUCUUAUAUUGGCUGCGUUGUUUGCUUGUACCAAGGAAUGAACGCCGAAGAACAACAGAAGAUGGGCGAGCGGGUAGCCUUUUACCAGCAAGCUGUGGAAAAAUUAGCAGAUGCUAGAAAACUAGCCAAGUACAUUGAACCGACACAAGUGACGCAAGAAGCUCUCACGUUCACCAACGAUGUGGUCGAAGGGAAGAGAAAAGCUGCUAAGAAUGAAAAUGAGUUUAUUUAUCACGAAGAAGUUCCGGAGAAGGAUUUGCUAUCUGAUAUGAAGCCGGUCUGCCUUGUGAAGGCUCUGCCGAUCAACUUUAACGAUCCUGAGGUGUCAGGAGCCGACGUGUUCUCCCGCCUGGUCCCGAUGAUGGCGCACGAGGCGUCGUCGGUGUACUCGGAGGAGAAGGCACAGAUGUUGCGCCGAGUCGUCACUAUGGUGGAGGCCAAGAACACUGAGCUUACUGAGUUCAUGUCCUCGUUGCAACUAGACCAGUUGGAUGUCAUCGAUUCUGUUCAGAAAGUGCCACAAGAGAUCGUGGACCGCUGCGCAGCUAUGAACGCCAAGUCUGAGAUCAUUCAGACGUUGGUGGAUUCAAUGAACAACCUCGCUGAAGUCAUUAGCGAUGUCGAGGAAGCCUUGAGCGAAAUCAAAGAAAUUAUACAGGAGGAGAUAACAAAAGAGAAGGAGUUCCAGAAGGUGACGGGUCCCCGGCCGCCGUCCAUCAUCCAGACGGAGCUGUCCCGCGAGGCGGCCAAGUACGGUGAGGCGCACGCGCGCAGCACGGACAGCAACCUGGUGCUGCACAAGGCCAUGACGCUGCACAUCGCCAACCUGCGCCUGCUGGCACUGCCGCUCGACGCGCUCGCCGCCAGGAUACCCAGCAUCGACAACAUCGUGGGUCUGGACCGCGAGACGAUGGCGGAGAUGCGCCGCGUGGUGGGCAAAGUCCGUGAGAUGCAAACACAGCGCGACUCGCUCGUCCAACAACUGCGGGAGGCAGUCACCAACGACGACAUCACCUCGCAACUGCUCGCCAGGAACAACGAGCCCAAGGAGGAGAUAUUCAAACAGGAGCUCAAGAAACAUACGCCUACGGUCCAAAUAAUAGAGGCUAACCUAGCAGCUCAGGAGAAUAUAAUAAACAAACUGACGUCUGUAUAUGCGGCGUACGGAGACUCCAGGCGAUUGCUGUCCGAUGUACUGAGGAAACGAGAGGGACUUAUUAAUGCUCUGAUAACAUCGUACGAUUCGUACACGGAGUUGCUGGGCAAGUCGACCAAAGGGUUGGAGUUCUACAAGAAGUUGUCGCACAACGUGACCGCGCUACUGACCAGGCUGCGGGCCAUCGCGCAGGUACAGGGCGAGGAGAGGCAACAACUUGUCAAUGCCGCCAAUGAGAAGGCAUCGACCCCGACCCCCGCGUCGAGUCCGUCAUCAGUCCACGUCCCCGAGUCGUCCCCGGCGCCGGCGGCGGCGGGCGCGGCGCCUGCGGGCGGCGGCCGGAAGCUUAAAGACUACCUGCCCUACAUGAAGAACAGGGCCGGCCGGACUGCUACACCACAAGCACCCGUGGACCCCAUUCCCUUAGAUUCUUACUACCCUGACAGCAUAUAUCCUACUUCCGUAAGACCUACACCCGUUGGCUCCGAAGCCACAGACGCAAGUCAGAUGCAAUUACCAGACGGGGUGGUAAUGCCACAACUACAGGCCGUGCCCAGUCCGUACGACCGGUACUUGUACGGUCCGACAGACACAGACCCGUACGCUAUCCCCUCAACCUACCUAUUCCCAGCCACCAGCAAGUUUGAGAAACCACAAGAAGACCAUAACUACGGAUACACAGCAUACACACCAUCACAAUUUUCAGCUAAUUCCUCAGAGCAACAAAUAUACUCGAACCCUUACUACUCCAAUUCUUACGGUCAGCACAAUAACACAGCUGUCACAGACUCGCAAAACUUCUCCAAUGUGAGUCACAAUGUUCCCAACCAAGGUUACGAGCCCUAUAUAAACCCAAUGGGUCCUAUACCAGAGUCGUCUCUCUCAGCCGCCUCCGCCUACAGCUCGGGGAACCAAACCGACAUUAUCACGAACUUUGCACAAAUGCAGGUAAAGUCUGAACCAGAGUAUGGCGCGGAUUACACACAGACGUUCUACAGUGUGCAGUACCCUAAUGUAUCGACACCGGGCUCCGCUGCCUACACCAGUGCGCCGCAGAACUCUAAUACGAGCCUCACUCAGUCACAGAUCAAUUCUGAGUACAGUUCCCUGAAUUAUCCUUACAGUAACGAGUCCACUCAGUACAGCCAGCAGGUCCCGUUUACGUCAGCGGACACUAGCUACAACUACUCUAGUACAUUCGCGUCCACGUCCCAGGGCUACACGUACACAAACGCCAUCACUUCCACCACCUCCAGCAUCGCCAACUCCAGCCAGCAUCCAUACUCAUACCCAACCGAAGUGGACUCCACCUACAACCCAGCUCUAUCUCAGUUGGACGCCUUCGACAAACCGAUAAAGUCUCACACGACAGGCGAAGCUCUCUCCAACUCUAGCUUCCAACCAUCGUACCAGAACUAUAGCUCCACCACUACCAAUUACUCUAGCCAACCUGAGCCAUAUCAUCCAACCAGUACUUAUGGCUAUGUUGAUCAAACAAACCCCAGCUAUGCGCAGUCUUUCCAGAACCAUCCGGGCUAUAACUUCAACUCUGCUACUGGAAACUAUGAGUACAAUUUUGGAUCACAAAACUCUUUUUCUGGCUUUGAUAACACUGUGCCAGACAGUGCUAACUAUCAGCCGGCGGAGAAGGACCAGGGUUGGAGCCAACAAGCUAUAUACACUAGCGCUGGGAAGAUUGGGACAUGUGAAACUGUACAGUCUCCUACUGAUAGCUCACAGAUAGUGCCACAGAUGCCCGCACAGCAACAAAUGCCUUCGCAGCAUCAAAUGCCUUCACAGCACCAAAUUCCCGGGCAGCAGCAAUUGCCCGGGCAGCAACAAGUACCCGGACAGCAACAAGUACCCGGACAGCAACAAGUGCCUGGACAGCACCAAUUGCCCGGGCAACAACAAGUACCUGGACAGCAACAAGUUCCUGGGCAACAACAAAUACCCGCGCAGCAACAAUUGCCCGGGCAGCAACAAAUGCCUGGACAACAUCAAGUGCCCACUCAACAGCAAUUGCCUGCGCAGCAGUCUAUUGACUCUCAGAUAUACUACAACAGUGCUUACGGGUACCAGGCAGCCACUACACCUUCUCAGGAGCCGUCAGACCUUCAGCUCGCCAACAACUACGUACCGAACGUGAACCAGGCGGGAUACGUGACGUCACACACUAACCAGUCGGGGUACACUGCGAGCAAUACAAACCAGACUGAGUAUGUAGCAAGCCAUACGAACCAAGUACAAUACGUGCCGUCUAACACCAGCACCAACAGCCAGGCUGGGUACAUGACACCCAACACUAGCCAACCAGGAUACGUGGCCCCUAACACCAGCCAGACAGGAUACAUGCAGUCUCCACAAGACCACCACGUCCCGUACAAUAACAGUCAAGUGUCGACAGAGAAUCACAGUGUAAAUGAGCAAAAGUUAGAGAGUAAUACUAACGUAGAUAGUGAAGCUACGAGUGACGAACAGAAGGUACCGGAGAAGGCUGCAGUUGAAGUUCAUAAGACUCCAGAGGUCAAAUCUGAGUUGACAGCCUUCGAUCUGUUGUCCGAUAUAGAUUUUACAGUAGAACAAACUCCUUUAAUGCCGGAGAUCAAGGUCCCGCAGAUAUCUGAAAGUGCUAUUCGGAAGCCUGUAGCUCCUAAAGUCGAGCCUGAGAAGAAGGUGCCAAUAAAGGAAGAGGUUAUUGAAAGACCUGCAAAAAGGGACCUGUUCUCCGACCCUAGUUUGUUGAACAAGUUUACUCAGGAAGUGAAGAAUUUGCAGAAAUUGACUGAUUCUUUGACUGAUAAGUCGCCGAGUGGUUUGACUGUGUUGGAUGCUAAAUGGAAGUCCUUCCAAGAUUUCCAGACAAAGCAGAACAUGACGAGGUCCAAGACGAUAGCGAUGCAGUACACUAACGGCAACAUAGUGACGGAAGUUGUGCCGUUUGAUGACUCCCGGCUCACGCUCAAGUCUGAUCCCGACGCCUUUAUCAACGCCUCUUAUUAUAAGCAACUAGCCUCAUGGUGCAUUCCACUAGUGAUAUCAAAGAACCCGACCGAGUCUGAAUACGGUAUCUUCUGGAAAGCAGUACUAGAGAAUAAAAUUAGCUGUAUUGCUUGUUUGUUGAGUGAAAUCGAGAUGCAAGGCAAGACCUACUGGCCAACAGCUAAAGGCCAAUCCCUGGAGCUAUCAGGUCUGAAGGUGACAUUGGACGAGGUGACGUGCACCGUGCACUGGACGGAGAGGAAACUGACCGUCGCCAGCGGGAAGACUGUACUUAAUGUCACUCAUUAUCAGAUCAAUGUGUGGCCUGCUAAGAUCGUUUGCUCCCCCCUGGUACUGUUAGCAGAUAAGAUCCUAAGCCAGACGUACGACAACAAGCUGUCGAACCAGUUGUGUGGGGGGUGGUUACAGUGCGGGGCGGGGGCCGGACGGAGCGCUGUACUAGCGCUGCUUAUUAUGGCCAUGUGCCAAGUCAGAGCUGGCCAACUGGAACUCUGUGAUAUGUUAGACGCGGGCUGCUUGAACCUGUACAACCACAGGAGCAACGUGUUGGAAGACACCAAGUACCUGGCGGAUGCGUACAGAACUGCUUUAUUCUACGUACAGGGUGUUCUCUGUUCUGGUACAACAAUGUUCAACGGCGAGGCGGUGUCCCUACCAUCAGGAGCGGCAGUGCUACCCCCAGUAACUCCGACACCAACAAACGCUUCCACUGCUAGCCAAAAAACAACGAAAUUCUCCCGCGAAUCCUUCGAAGAGAUGAAACAAUCCCCAGGGUUGAAGAGUGGAGAUAUGAAGGAUCCUCUCAACUUCCUCGACCCACUCUGGAGUCUCAAAAAGAAGUGA